GAUUUGGACGUCUCGGGUUGGCCUUGGCGCUGAUUGGAAAACGCAGUACGCACUCACCGCCGGGUUCUUCGACGUUUCAAUUUUCAUGCUUCAUACGUCUGUCAAUUAUUUGAUUAGUUUAUUUCAUGUAAUUUCCUACUCAAUGAUUAUCUAAUACUUCUACUUCUCAUAACUAAGAGUAACAUCAAAAAUGGCUCGAAGAUACAAAGACGCCGCUGCAAAAUUGCAGCAAAAUGUUCAGAAACACUUAAACCAAAUGAAGGAACUCUCGUCUUCGGAGGAUGAGGAGCCUUGCGAGUCCAGCGUUCUAGAAGGCGUGUUCCAGAGCUACUGGCGUGGAGGCGGCGACACUCACAUGCUGAACAGGACCAAGAACCUUCUCGAAGAAGCCAUCAGCGGCCGCGCAGUGACUUGUCUCAUAUGCAUAGGUUCCAUUAAAAAAACUCACGCGAUCUGGACUUGUGACCAUUGCUUCUCCUAUUUCCAUCUAUCUUGUAUACAAAAGUGGUCAAAUGACAGCAUUAGCUUACGUAGUGAAGAAUCUCACGGCCCUAUUGCUGUAAUAAAACAACAGAAAAUUGAAUGGUGCUGCCCUAAGUGCCGGAAUUCGUAUUCCAAAGAAGAAAUUCCACGGAAGUACCGUUGUUUCUGCGGUAAAACUGAUAAUCCGCAAAACCACCCUUGGCUUAUACCUCAUACUUGCGGAGAGGUCUGUGAAAAAAGGCUGUCUACUGGUGAUAAUUGUAAACAUAGAUGUUUGCUGUUAUGUCACCCUGGUCCAUGUCCGCCGUGCCCACAAACUGUGAAUGGAACAUGUUUUUGUCAAAAGGAACACAAGAGAGUGAGGUGUAGUGCUGAAAAAUGGUCCUGUGGUCAGCUGUGUAAGAAAACCCUUUUGUGUAAAACUCAUAAAUGUGAAAAUGUGUGUCAUGCAGGUGAUUGUGAUGACUGCAGCUACACAAGCAUACAGCCUUGCCAGUGUGGCAAUGAGAAAGCUAAAAGACCAUGUAAUGAUCCAUUCUGGCAGUGCAAGAAACCUUGUAAUAAAUUAUUUUCUUGUGGAUAUCAUAAAUGUGAGAGAGUUUGUCAUUCAGGUGACUGUGGAAUGUGUCCUAACUCAGGAAUGUUAUCAUGUCCGUGCGGGGCCAACAAGAGAUUUGUUCAAUGCCCUGAUGUUAUGGAGACAUGCUUAGGUACUUGUGGGAAAAAUCAUGAUGGAUGUGAGCACAGCUGCCCAGAAAAGUGUCACAAUGGCAACUGUCCACCUUGCCAAGUCCUGGUAUCUAAAGAGUGCCACUGUGCAACCCACACAAGGUCAUUACCAUGUAGCAAAGAUUAUAAAUGUGACACCAAGUGCAGAGGCAUAAGAUCAUGUGGUAAACAUGGGUGUGGAAGAAAGUGCUGUAAUGGGAACUGCCCUCCAUGUGAGAAAACUUGUGAUAAAGGACUGCAGUGCGGUAGGCACAAGUGCACCAAUAUCUGUCACCGUGGCCCAUGUUACCCAUGCCCCCUGGAAUCUAAAGUAACUUGCAGAUGCAAAGAAACCUAUGUAAGAGUCCCAUGUGGACGGGAACGCCAAACAAAACCUCCAAAAUGUCACUUACCAUGCAAAAUUAAAUACAAGUGUGGUCAUAGUGCAGAAAAUAAACAUUCUUGCCACUUUGGUGACUGUCCACCAUGUAAAGCAAUUUGUCAAAAGCAGUAUGCAAAAUGUGGUCAUCAGUGUAAGUCAGUGUGUCAUGAAUAUGUUGCAGUGUUGUUCAAACAAGUGGAAAAACCUGCAACUCCAUGGGAAGUACAACCUCCAAAGACGAAGAUUAUGACCUUAGAUUGUCCACCAUGUGAUACUCCUGUACCUAUGGUUUGUUUUGGAGAACAUGAAACCGAUAACCAGCCUUGCCAUUCAGCAAUACGGCGGCCAUGUGGAAGAGAGUGUGGAAAACCACUGGCCUGUGGAAACCACAAGUGUACUUUACUUUGUCAUUUAUAUAGCCCUGUUCCUGAGUAUGCCAAUGUGCCUUCUAGUUGCAGACCAUGCAAUAGAGAGUGCUCUGUUCCUCGUCCUGAGAAGUGUGCCCAUAAGUGUUCUAUCCGGGCAUGUCAUCCAGGCCCAUGCCGUCCAUGUGAGAUACUUGAGCGUUUAGCUUGCCACUGUGGAGUAACAGAGAUAUACCUCCGUUGCCGAGAAUUAUCUGAAGCUACUGAGGAGAAGCUGUCAUGCAAGCAACAAUGUCCUAAGAACUUAGAAUGUGGUCACCGUUGCCGUAAUUCUUGCCAUUCAGGACCUUGUGGCAACCAGGUGUGCACUAAGAAAACCAAAGUCCAUUGCCCAUGUGGUAAUAUAAAAAAGGAAGCCCCUUGCAACGCAGUCAGAAGCGGAGAAACUAAGAUACUGUGCGAUCAAACCUGUGAAGCUAAGAAGAUAGCUGCUAAAAUAGAGCAAGAAAAAGAAAAACAGAGAUUAAAAGAAUUAGAGGAAGAGAAGAAUCGUAAAGAGUUAGCAGAAUAUGAGUGGAAACUUAGUGGCAAGAAGAAAAAAUAUAAGGAGAAGAAGAUGGUUGUUGAUAAAGAUGAUAGGAGUUUCCUGAAGAGAUAUUGGGUACCCAUAUCAUCAUUCCUAUUUAUGAUGCUAGCCUCAGUAUAUUAUAUUUUUUAUGUAUAAAUAGAAAUGUCAAUUAUUCCAUUAGCUGUAACUUAUGUAAGAAGCUAGGCAUGCUAGAUCACAUUUAUAAAUGAUAAAUAAUUGUAUAUGAAAACAUUCAAUACCAAUUCUAUUGUUAGUAAGCACGAAAAAACGGAGUUUUAGUGUGGAAAUUAUAAAAUCUACUUCAUAUUUAUUUUAGUAUGUAGAACACCUGUGUGUUAUAUAUUUUAUUUGCACUGACUUUGUCAAGUAAAUGAUAAAAUAAAUUGUUUUGUUUUUAAAGACAGAUAAGAUGUUUUUUUAGACAUAGAUA